UGAAAAAAAGGCAGAAAUAUCAUAGCAAAGGGAGAGUGAGUGAGCGAGACGAAGAGAUGAAGAAACCAGGAGGGGCAGAAAAGAAAAGGGUGCGAAGAUCAUCAGGAGCUGUACACAACGGCGCCCGAGAUCCUAAUUCCGUUACCCUUCCUAGGAAACAAUCCGCAAAGAAGGAUGUGUUUCAGUUGUUUGCUGAGAAGGUGAGAGACCACAAAGAUUUGGUUUCUCGUUGGGCUGUUUUGCAGGAGACACGUGUUGAAUAUUUUAGAGGGAAGGAUUUUGUAAGUUUCCUGAAAAAUCAUCCAGAGCUCAAAGAUAUAUUGGAAUCAAAUAAAAGUUUAGAGGUUGAAGAGAUUGCUAAUACUUUGUUAAGAAAGCAUCUUCUAGUGCGAUGUGAUCGUGUGGUGAAAACAGCUCGUCCAGGGAAGAAAAAGGUCUGGCCAGCUCAUUUAGAGAUUUUCCCUGAUCAAGUAUUCUCAGAAAAUGAUGCCUUUUUUGCAUGGACAUUUGUGAAACGGCAACCACUGUGGCAGACACUUCUCUCAUUUUUUUGGCCAGUGUUGACUUUAGCAAUUUGCCUGUUUCCUGUAUACCCCCAUCGGUGCAAGCUUCUGAUUCUCUACUCAUGUGCAGGGGUCCUUUUACUUAUUCUCUCCCUGCUUUUAUUAAGAGCCACAAUAUUUGGUGUUCUAUAUAUCAUUCUUGGAAAGCGUGUUUGGUUCUUCCCCAACAUCCUUGCUGAAGAGGCCACAUUAGGAGAACUAUUCCGUUUCUGUCCUAAAAAAGAUGAGGAGGAACGACCCAAGUGGACGGCAAGGCUUUUCUAUGCAGUAGUAGCUGUGAUGGUCAUAUUACUGUUGAGACAUCAUGCCCCUGAUGAGGCAGCUAGAGCAAGGUAUCAAAAACGAAUGUCCAACAUCAUCGAUGAUGUUCUUGAGUGGUCUCCAGGGCUUGCGCUGUCUGGGAUGAUGGAGAAACAGCAAACUGUGGUUAACGCCACAGAGCCCAACAACAGUUUUGCGGAUGGGAGCAAGACAAAUUCAGAGCAUUUGAAUCCAUCCUGGGAUGAGGUACUCGGAAACAUAGAGGACAUGCAUCAACCGCAGCAUCAAGAUCAUAUAUAAAAAAGAUAGGGGGAAAAAGAUCGGACAAUGCAAUACUGAGCAGAAGAUAGAUGCACUGAUAAAAGAGAUGGGGUUGAGGUGUAAAAGAUCAACCAGAUGUACUUACUGCUAGAUUAAACCCUACCCAUGAGUACCAUACAUGAUCCUCAACACCUCACAACAAGUGCUAGACAUAAAGUUUGAUCUGUAACCAGUAAAGAUGUCCCUACAUAUGAAUGAGACAGUUCCUAAGUGAAACAGUGGUCUCAUUUACCACUUAGAUGGUGGUUCAUCUUCUCUUGUGAGCCUAUCUCAUUUCAAGAUUGAGGACAGCAAAUAAUUGAACUGCGUUCCACUUGCCUUGAAAGCAAGAGUCCCUUUUUUUUUAAGUCGAAGAAAAGAAUAGUCCUCACUUGGCUCGAUUGUUGCCAUUUGCUAAGAAUACUUGAUAGUGGUUGUUUUUUUCAGAAUUGCUAAAGCCGGACUUCUGCAACAUGACAUAUCCUAAUAAAGAAGUGUGCACUAGGUCCGAUAAGAACAACUAUCCACAAGGGCUAAUUUUUUAAUGUCUAUGUUAAGCCUAUUAGUUAAUUUUAAUUUUAAUUGACAUAAUGCAGAAUGUAUUACUUCAUCAUUUAGAAUGUAUUACUUCAUCAUUUAUAAGUUAUCACCACAAGAGUGGGUUCCAUGAAGACAAUGGGAGAUUCAGAGUCAAGGGUCUAGUAAUAUCUGUCAACAUCUAGGACCAUUCAUAUCGAACAUGACAACCGGC